AACAACUUGGACGCCAAGGGCUUUGCAUGGGUGCUGCAGGGAGGUGAUUGCUGCUGGAUUCCCCAGAGCAGCUGUGGAUGCGCUGAUGAGCCAGGCAGCAUGUCAACAAAACGCUGGUUGCCGGGAACGCAGUGCAUCACCAAGCACGACCACACCAAGCCCAAAGCCCGCGAGCUCGCCUUCCGCAAGGGCGACAUCAUCACCAUCGUCAAGGUCUGCGAGCAGAAAGGCUGGUACCAAGCGAAACACCACGACACCGGCGAGGAGGGGCUGCUCUCGGCCAGCUCGGUGCGGGAGCGCGAAGCCAUCCGUGUCGACCCCAAGCUCAGCCUGAUGCCCUGGUUCCACGGGAAGAUCUCUGGUAUGGAGGCCGUGCAGGCGCUCCAGCCCCCUGAGGACGGGCUCUUCCUGGUGCGGGAGUCCAUCCGGCACCCCGGGGACUACGUGCUGUGCGUCAGCUUCGGCCAGGAGGUCAUCCACUACCGCGUCAUCUACCAGGAGAACCAGCUGAGCAUCGACGCCUCCAUCUGCUUCUACAACCUCAUUGACAUGAUCGAGCACUAUAUGAAGGACCAGGGAGCCAUCUGCACCAAGCUGGUAAAACCCAAACCAAAGCCCGGGAUGAAGUCUGCUGAGGAGGAGCUGGCCAAGGCCGGUUGGUUACUGAAACUGCAGCACCUCACACUGGGAGACAAGAUUGGGGAAGGAGAAUUCGGAGCCGUCCUGCAGGGAGAUUACAUGGGGCAGAAAGUGGCCGUGAAGAACAUCAAGUGCGACGUCACCGCCCAGGCCUUUCUCGCUGAGACCGCUGCCAUGACGAAGGUCCGUCACAAAAACCUGGUGCGGCUGCUGGGCGUGAUCCUGCACAACGGCCUCUAUAUCGUCAUGGAGUACAUGAGCAAGGGGAACCUGGUCAACUUCCUGCGGACACGGGGCAGAUCCGUCCUCCAGCCCAAGCAGCUCAUCCAGUUCGCCCUGGACAUCUCCCAGGGGAUGGACUACCUGGAGUCCAAGAAGCUGGUGCACAGGGACCUUGCUGCCCGCAACAUCCUGAUAUCAGAGGAGAACGUGGCCAAAGUGAGUGACUUCGGCUUGGCCAAGGUGGACCCGAAAGGCGUAGACGACACCAAGCUGCCGGUCAAGUGGACAGCUCCGGAGGCCCUGAAAAAUAAUAAAUUCUCAACCAAGUCGGACGUCUGGAGCUACGGGAUCCUCCUGUGGGAACUGUUCUCCUACGGCCGGGCGCCCUACUCCAAGAUGACUCUGAAGGAAGUGACGGAGAUGGUGGAGAAGGGGUACCGGAUGGAGGCCCCUGAGGAAUGCCCACCCUCCCUCUACACCCUGAUGAAGAGCUGCUGGGAGAUAGAGCCGGGGAAGCGGCCUUCCUUCAAGAAGCUCACCGAGAAGCUGCAGAAGGAGCUGAAGCACAUAGGGGACAGUUAG